CGUCCGCCAUGGACUGAGGCGACGCGAUGGGCAACAAGGAGUCCCGCAUCGGCUUCCUCACCUACGACGAGGCCCUGCGGAGGGUGACGGACAUAGAGCUGAAGCGGCUGAAAGAUGCUUUCAAGAGGACCUGUGGACUCUCAUGCUACAUGAGCCAGCAGUGCUUCAUUAGGGAAGUGCUCGGGGAUGGAGUCCCUCCAAAGGUUGCAGAGGUCAUAUACUGUUCUUUCGGCGGCACAUCCAAAGGACUACAUUUCAAUAACCUGAUUGUGGGCCUGGUCCUCCUGACAAGGGGUCGAGAUGAAGAGAAGGCAAAAUACAUCUUCAGCCUCUUUGCGAAUGAAUCUGGCAGCUAUGUUGUCCGUGAAGAGAUGGAGAGGAUGCUCCAGGUGGUCGAUGGAAAAGUCCCGGAAACUGUCAAGAAAUGCUUCUCAGAGGGUGAAAAGGUAAAUUACGACAAAUUCAGGAACUGGUUGUUGCACAACAAAGAGGCCUUCACAUUUUCCCGCUGGCUGCUAUCUGGAGGAGUGUACGUGACCCUCACGGAUGACAGCGACACCCCCACUUUCUAUCAGACUCUCGCUGGAGUCACGCACUUGGAAGAAUCGGAUAUCAUUGAUCUCGAGAAACGGUAUUGGCUCCUGAAAGCUCAAUCGCGGACGGGGCGUUUUGAUCUGGAAACGUUCAGCCCUUUGGUUUCUCCUCCAAUCCAUCCCUCUCUGGGCGAAGGUCUGUUUAAUGCCUUUGAUGAAAACCGUGACAACCACAUAGACUUCAAAGAAAUCUCCUGUGGACUGUCAGCCUGCUGUAGGGGACCGGUGGCAGAAAGGCAAAAAUUUUGCUUCAAGGUUUUCGAUGUUGAUCGUGACUGCGUUUUAUCUCGUGUUGAGCUCGAGGAAAUGGUGGUUGCCCUUUUGGAAGUAUGGAAGGAUAAUCGAACAGAUGACAUUCCUGAGCUUCACAUGAAUCCAGCUGACAUUGUAGAGAGUGUCUUGAAGACUCAUGACACCACCAAGCUCGGCCACCUCACUCUGGAGGAUUACCAGAUCUGGAGUGUGAAGAGUGCUCUUGCCAAUGAAUUUUUAAAUCUGCUUUUCCAGGUGUGCCAUAUAGUCUUAGGAUUAAGGCCAGCCACUCCAGAAGAGGAAGGUCAGAUAAUUAGGGGCUGGUUAGAACGAGAGAGCCGGUACGGACUCCAGCCGGGGCACAAUUGGUUUCUUAUUGCGUCUCAGUGGUGGCAGCAGUGGAAGGAAUAUGUCAUAUAUGAAGCAAACCCUGUUGUGAUAGCGCCCUCAUCCGUCUUAAACGGAGGUAAGAAUUUGCUCCUGGCUCCUGCAUCCCAUACGCCAGAGCAGGGAGAAGACAAAACAGACAGUUUAAAUCGCUUCAGUGCCACAGAAGAAAAGUGUUCAGAUAACAUUUCCACUGCGUCAGAAGCCUCAGAGACCACUAGCAAGAGCUUCCUUUAUGGCUCCUCAUCCAGCACCGACAUGUGUUUCCCUCGGCAACUGAACACUUCAGACAAUAACAACCAGUGCCUGCUUGGAUCCAAUGGGAACAUGUUAGCCCAACUAAAUCCCCAGCCACCUGGAGCUAUCGAUAACCUGCCUCUUGUAACUCAAGAGCCAAUGAAGGCUCCGUCGCUGACUUUGGAAGGUGGUCGACUCAGGCAGUCCCCCCAGUUAAUUCAAGGGAAGCAUUAUGAAAUUGUCCCAGAGCCGGUCUGGAGGGCUCUUUACAACUGGUACACCGCGAACCUGUCUUUACCAAGACCUGUGAUCCGAAACAGCGCGAAGAACCAGCCCGAGCUGGAACUCUUCCCCCGCUACCUGCUCUUCCUGAGACAGCAGCCGGCCACCCGGUCGCAGCAGUCCAACAUCUGGGUGAACCUGGGGAACGUGCCCUCUCCCAAUGCACCCUUGAAGAGAGUCUUGGCCUACACGGGCUGCUUCAGUCGCAUACAGACAAUCAAGGAGAUCCAUGAGUACCUGUCGCAGAGGCUGCGGAUAAAGGAGGAGGACAUGCGCCUGUGGCUGUACAACAGCGAGAACUACCUUACUCUUUUGGACGAUGAGGACCACACGUUGGAGUAUCUGAACAUACAAGAUGAGCAGCAUCUAAUAAUAGAAGUCCGAAACAAAGACAUGAGCUGGCCGGAGGAGAUGUCCUUUAUAGCAAACAGCAGUAAAAUUGACCGGCACAAGGUCCCUACCGAAAAGGGCGCCACUGGCUUGAGCAACCUCGGGAACACCUGCUUCAUGAAUUCCAGCAUCCAGUGUGUCAGCAACACGCAGCCCCUCACACAGUAUUUCAUCUCAGGCAGACACCUCUAUGAGCUGAACAGGACUAACCCGAUAGGUAUGAAGGGGCACAUGGCCAAGUGCUACGGAGAUCUAAUUCAAGAGCUGUGGAGUGGAACUCAAAAGAACAUUGCUCCCUUGAAAUUGCGGUGGACGAUCGCUAAAUAUGCGCCCAGGUUUAACGGUUUCCAGCAGCAAGACUCACAAGAGCUCCUGGCUUUUCUCUUGGAUGGUCUUCAUGAGGAUCUGAACAGAGUUCACGACAAGCCAUAUGUAGAACUGAAAGACAGCGACGGCCGGCCAGAUUGGGAAGUAGCGGCAGAGGCCUGGGAAAACCAUCUUCGAAGGAACCGUUCCAUCGUAGUGGACCUCUUCCACGGGCAGCUGCGGUCUCAAGUGAAGUGCAAGACCUGCGGGCACAUCAGCGUCCGCUUCGACCCUUUUAAUUUUUUAUCUUUGCCCCUCCCGAUGGACAGCUACAUGCACUUAGAGAUUACAGUAAUUAAGCUAGACGGUACGACCCCGGUUCGGUAUGGACUGAGGCUGAACAUGGACGAAAAGUACACCGGCUUGAAAAAGCAGCUGAGUGACCUUUGCGGGCUGAAGCCGGAGCAGAUCCUCCUGGCGGAAGUUCUCAACUCAAACAUCAAGAACUUCCCUCAAGACAACCAGAAGGUUCGAUCAGGGAGCGGCUUGUGUGCGUUUGAGGUACCGAUCCCCGGAUCCCCCAUAUCGGCUUCUCCCAGUCCAGUGCAAACAGAUUUCUGCAGCGGGCCAGCAGCUAACGGGAUGAUCAGCAUGCUGAUGAUGAACGGCGAUCUUCCCCGGCCUACCCUGAUCCCGAACGGGAUGCCAAACACAGUAGUGCCAUGCAGGACAGAGAACGGCCUCUCCAACGGGGUGAUGAAUGGUCACCGGCCCUCUCCUUCAGACAGCCCCUUCAUAGGCUACAUAAUUGCCAUCCAUAGAAAAAUGAUGCGGACGGAACUGUACUUCCUUUCCUCUCAGAAGAAUCGACCGAGCCUCUUUGGAAUGCCUCUGAUCGUUCCUUGCACUGUGCACACGCGGAAGAAGGACUUGUACGAUGCAGUCUGGAUCCAGGUCUCUCGCCUGGCGAGUCCCCUCCCUCCCCAGGAAGCCAGUAACCACGCUCAGGACUGUGAUGACAGCAUGGGGUACCAAUACCCGUUCACGCUACGAGUGGUUCAGAAGGACGGCAACUCCUGUGCUUGGUGUCCGUGGUACAGGUUUUGCCGGGGCUGUAAAAUUGACUGCACAGAAGAGGGAGCUUACCUUGGGAAUGCAUACAUAGCUGUUGAUUGGGACCCUACAGCGCUUCAUCUCCGCUACCAAACAUCACAAGAAAGGAUAGUGGAGGAGCACAGAAGUGUGGAGCAAAGCCGGAGGGGUCAGGCCGAGCCCAUCAACCUGGACAGCUGCUUGCGGGCGUUCACCAGCGAAGAGGAGCUAGGCGAGGACGAGAUGUACUACUGCUCCAAGUGCAAGACCCACUGCCUGGCCACCAAGAAGCUGGACCUCUGGAGGCUUCCCCCUAUCCUGAUAAUCCACUUGAAGCGCUUCCAGUUUGUCAAUGGUCGCUGGAUAAAAUCCCAGAAAAUUGUCAAGUUUCCCCGGGAGAAUUUUGACCCAAGUGCCUUUCUGGUGCCAAGAGAUCCCCGCUGCUGGGCGCUGAAGGUGCUGACCCCGCAGGCCGAAGACCUUUCCUUGCCACAGGCCCUGCAGGAGGAGUGUCGGCGGGUGGAGACACCAAACACCGGCGGGGCAGGGGAGGGCGAUGCUCUAACCCGCAGCCCCUCCUCCCUCAACGCUUCAAGCAUCUUAAACAACAUCAAAGCAUCUCCAUCUUCCGGGAGGAAAUGCUCGGCAGGCUGCCCGUCAAGCAAAACCAUGAGCCCAACCAGUAGCCCAAGGACUUUGGGGAGAGGCAAGGGGCGCCUCCGGCUUCCCCAGUUGUAUAAAAACAAACUGUCCGGUAGCAAAGAGAACUUGGAUGCCGGGCGCGAGAACGGUACUGAUCCGGAUCAGAAGGUCACCCCUGACCAUGGAGACAGCCUGGGACCGGGGCACGCCUUGGGAGGCAGCCAGGGCGAACUCUUUGCCGCUCAGGACAGUGAAGUGACUUUAGCCAAUGGCUACCUUUGCACACAGAACUCGCACAGCGAUGGCAGCAUCAACGGUCAGCUCGAAACCUGCGGGGAGGAGGAGCUCGGAGACGACCAAAGAGAAGUCUGUAAUAACCCCAUCUACAACCUAUAUGCAAUUUCGUGCCAUUCAGGAAUUAUGGGAGGAGGUCACUACGUCACUUAUGCCAAAAACCCUAAUGACAAGUGGUAUUGUUACAACGACAGCAGCUGUAAGGAAUUGCAUCCUGACGAAAUUGACACGGACUCCGCCUACAUCCUUUUCUAUGAGCAGCAAGAGGUGGACUAUGCCCAGUUCCUGCCCAAGAUCGACGGCAAGAACAUGGCGGACACGAGCAGCAUGGAUGAGGACUUUGAGUCGGACUACAGGAAGUACUGCGUUCUGCAGUAA